AUGGAUGCUCCAUCGAGCCACACCAUGCCGGAACACUGGACCGAGCUCAGCGCUGCCAAACGACAGAGGAAACUGUGCCGGGAGCAGGCGGAAGCGAUCAAGAACGCUUGCCGGAAGGACUGCGGCAAGGACAAGGUGACGGAAUGUCCAAAAUGCUACGCCAAGCUGAUGGACAGGCUGCGGUCAAGGUACAGCGAAAGCGAGGAGAGAGAAUGGUUCUCGCAGAGGAGGGCGUUUCUGCACGAACUGGACGGCCUGUUCCAGGACGCCAAGGAUCGAAGGGGAAGCCUCAAGUCCAUCGAGUCUCGGAUCGAGUCCGAAAAGGAGGCCUGGUAUCGCUGGGUCCUGAGAAGGUACCCCGAGUUCAUAGCCGCCGUCUCGGACCGCGGGGUCAACCAGGAGGAGCUGAGAGGCAUGCUAGACGACCCGGACAGGUCGCGCCAGGAGCUGGUCAACACGAUGCUGGAGGGCAUAGGCAAGCCGCCGAACUGGCCCUUGGGCGUCGACGAGUUUGCGGAAAAGGUCGAGGCGGCAACAAGAGACGAUGCCGCCCGGCUCAAGAAGCUGUACGUGUCCGAGUUCUUCACCGACGCGCUCACGGGCAAGGCGCUGCAGAGCGCCGAGAGCUACCUGGACGAGUACAGCAACAGCGAGACCAUGAUGCUGGAGGACGUCAUGGACAAGAUUGCCCUCGACUUCCAGCGGAGCAGGAGCUCCAAGCCGCAGAGGGAGAGCCACAAGAGGCGGCUGGACGAGCUGAAGAGGGCCAAGACGGCUUUUGAGCAAAACAAGCUGCAGGCUAAGAGCCUGAAGGGGGCGCAAGCCGCCCGGCCCGGGCCCGAGCUGUACCAUCUACCUCCCUGCCUGGCAUGCGGCAACCCGGUGCUGUCGAGCGAGGUGCUUUCGUGUACGGUCUGCCAGGCGUUGGCCCAGUCUGGCGGCGAGGGCCAGCUUACGGUAUACUGUUCGGAGGCUUGCUACGCCAGGAGCCAUGAUGGCCAUGUCAAAUCACAGCACGAUUGCGAAGCGGGCGAGCACUGCGUGCAACUGCACGACCCAGACGUCGAGAUGGGCGACGGGACAUCAAGAACAGUGGCUUGCAACGAAUGCCUGGACCGUCAAGAAGCGACGCUGUACUGCUCGGACAAGUGCGCCGCGGCCAACAUAGCCAAGCACAGGCAGAAGAGCCACGGGGCCAAGACGACGGCCAAUGCGGCGCAGGCUCUGGUGCGGUCUUUGCAGCCGUUUGUGGGCUCGACGCUGGAAAGCAAGAACCCAGGCUUGGUGAUGGCGCAGGUGGACUCGAACUGA